AUGUCCCUCCUGAUCAGUACUUCCCAGCAAUUCCACACUGUGUUGCUUGCUGUCCGGGAACAACAGGCCAGGCCCAUUCCGCAGCUCCCAGAACACAGCGGCAGCCCCUGCAGGAGCUUGGGCCACGCCCACCUGCCCACUUCUGAGAAGGCCGCUUCCUCCUGGGCUGUGACGAAAACCGCUGUUGCUCUGUUGUACGAUGAAGAGUCUGAAAAUGCCUAUGACGUCCGGCUGAAGCUGACGAAAGAGGUGCUGACAAUUCAGAAGCAAGACGUCGUCUGUGUGGGCGGAAGCCACCAGGGCAGGAAUCACAGAACUGUUACGCUUCGCAGACAGGCAGUUAGCGGCCUGGGCCUGAGUAUAAAGGGAGGUUCUGAGCACAACGUCCCCGUCGUCAUAUCAAAAAUAUUCAAAGACCAAGCAGCGGACCAGACAGGGAUGUUGUUCGUAGGCGAUGCUGUUCUCCAGGUUAAUGGCAUAAAUGUAGAAAAUGCAACUCAUGAAGAAGUGGUGCAUCUUCUGAGAAAUGCUGGCAAUGAAGUUACCAUCACCGUUGAGUAUCUCAGGGAAGCGCCGGCGUUUCUGAAGCUCCCGUUAGGGUCCCCAGGGCCAUCCAGCGACCACAGCAGUGGGGCCUCCUCUCCCCUCUUUGACAGCGGUUUGCAUCUGAACGGAAACUCCAGUAACACAGCUCCAUCGUCACCUUCCUCGCCCAUAGCUAAGGACCCGAGGUAUGAGAAGCGCUGGCUGGACACCUUGUCCGUGCCUCUGUCCAUGGCUCGCAUCUCAAGGUACAAAGCCGGAGCGGAAAAAUUAAGGUGGAACGCGUUCGAGGUGCUCGCCCUGGACGGAGUCAGCUCUGGGGUCCUCCGGUUUUACACGGCCCAGGAUGGCGCCGACUGGCUGCGGGCGGUCUCAGCCAACAUCAGGGAGCUGACCCUUCAGAACAUGAAGAUGGCGAACAAAUGCUGUUCUCCUUCCGACCAGGUGGUGCAUAUGGGGUGGGUAAAUGAGAAACUCCAAGGAGCUGACUCCUCUCAAACCUUCAGACCCAAGUUCCUAGCACUGAAGGGCCCGUCCUUCUACGUUUUCAGCACUCCUCCGGUGAGCACAUUCGACUGGGUGCGAGCAGAAAGGACCUACCACCUCUGUGAGGUGCUGUUUAAAGUUCACAAGUUCUGGCUCGCAGAGGACUGCUGGUUGCAAGCAAACUUGUAUCUGGGUCUUCAAGAUUUUGACUUUGAGGACCAGAGGCCCUAUUGCUUCAGCGUCAUGGCCGGCCACGGGAAGAGCCAUGUUUUCAACGUGGAGCUUGGCAGCGAGCUGGCCGUGUGGGAGAAGUCCUUCCAAAGAGCCACAUUCAUGGAAGUUCAGAGAACCGGGAAUUCUACAUUCACAUGUAGCUGGUUUGGCAGUCAGCUUUGUUUCACGGUGGAUUUCGCGAUGGGAUUUACCUGUUUUGAGAGUAAGACAAAGAAUGUGCUCUGGAGAUUUAAAUUCUCUCAGCUUAAGGGAUCUUCAGAUGAUGGGAAAACUCGAGUAAAGCUGCUGUUUCAGAAUCUGGACACCAAACAGAUUGAGACGAAGGAACUCGAGUUCCAGGACCUGACGGCUGUCCUGCACUGCAUCCACUCCUUCCUAGCAGCCAAGGUGGCCUCCGUGGACCCCGGCUUCAUGGACAGUCAGAGUCUGGCCACAAAGUACAUGUACAACAGCUAAGGGUUGUUUCUGUUGAGUGCUGAAAAAUUAAAUUAUUUUCGUAAGAAAUGAUUCUUUCCUGCAUAAUAUUGCAACUUUGUGUUGUUUUAUAAUGAGCCUAUAGUUGUGAUACCAAUAAAACAUGUCACUAGUUUCC